AUGUCGGCAUUUCAAGUGCAGAGCUCGGAGAUGCUAGCACGGCUCAAGCCGUUUGGCAUUUCUUUCGAGAAAUCCUUGACUGACCUUAUCAAGGGCAUCAGGGCUCACUACAAAGAGUCUCCAGAAAACCUCCUGGAGUUUCUAGAUAGCGCCAUAGAAGAGUGCAAAAACGAGUUGGCCACUACAGAUUUGGAAGUGAAGGCUACUGCUGUGUUGAAGCUUGCAUACUUGGAAAUGUAUGGGUUUGAUAUGAGCUGGUGCAACUUCCAGAUCUUGGAGAUCAUGAGCAGCUCCAAAUUCCAGCAGAAGCGAAUUGGUUACUUGGCAGCCAUGCAAUCGUUCAAAAGCGAGAAAGAUCUAUUGAUUCUAGCGACUAAUCAGUUCAAGAAAGACUUGAAUUCCCAUAACCACGUUGAGAUCGGCCUUGCCCUUAGCGGCAUAGCUACCAUCGUUACUCCGAACUUAGCUCAGGACAUUGUUGAUGAUAUUUUGGUUAAGCUCACUCAUUCAAAAGCUUACAUCCGUAAGAAGGCCAUUCUAGCGUUGUUUAAGAUUUUCUUGCAAUAUCCAGAGAGCCUAAGAACUAGUUUGCCAAGAGUGAUAGAGAAACUUGACGAUGAAGAUAUUGCGGUGGUCAGCGCCACCAUUACCGUCAUUUGCGAGAUCUCUAAGAAGAACCCCAACAUUUUUAUUGCAUAUCUUCCCAAAUUCUUCUCCAUAUUAGAAGACACUCAAAACAACUGGCUCAUAAUACGUAUUCUUAAACUUUUCCAAAGUUUGCUGAAAGUUGAGCCUCGAAUGAAAAAGAAGAUUCUUCCGUCCAUCAUAAAACUCAUGGAAAAGACAGAUGCCACCUCUUUGGUCUACGAAUGCAUAAGUUGCAUCGUCAACGGAGGUAUGCUCUCUGCUUCAUCUUCAAAAGAUAAGGAUGUAGCGAGAACAUGCAUUGGCCACCUUUUGAUCUUCUUUGUUGAUGGAGACGCAAACUUACGAUUCGUUGGCCUCAUAGCCUUGAUCAGCAUCUUAAAGAUCUUUCCCGAGUUCAUGCAAAACGAUAAGCGUGUUUCACAGUACGUGAUGCACAGUUUGAAGGUGAAGGAUACCAUAGUUCUUAAGAAAGGUCUUGAGAUCUGUCAAUACCUCGUUACUGAAGACAAUAUCAUUGAGAUCAUCAAGGAGCUUCUUUUGCAACUCGUUCCAGACGAGGCAAAUCCCUGCAUUCCUGAGAAGUUGAGACUAGAGAUUGUCUCUAAGAUCCUUCAAAUUGCAUCUAAAGACAACUACUCCAACAUUCCCAAUUUCAACUGGUAUGUUACCGUUCUCAAGGACGUGGUAAAUACAACUCUUCUACCUUUGGACAGCAAAGAUUCUGCUGAUCUUGCUCCUGUCUUAUCUAAACGUACGCUGGACAUCAUAGCCCGCAAACUUGGUUCUGAAUUAAAAACUGUCGCUACUAAGGUGCCCUCACUUCGUCCUUACUUGAUGAAGCAUGUUGUGUUUGAAUUCGUUAAGGACAAACGGAUCUUGCAAUUCUGCCCAAUCUUAAUGAAGGAUGUUUUUUGGCUUAUGGGUGAAUAUAUAAGCGAAAUUGGAAACACAUACGAUGAGUCCGACGAUGAAGAUGACGCAGAGAGUCAAAGUUCCGCAUUAGGGUACAAAAUUCAAAUGUUGAAUACUCUUGUCAAUAGCUUUGUUGACAAAGAAUUGGGAAAGCUGGACCAGUUUCCAGUCUCACGACUUUUAUUGAAACUUCCACUUCCUGAUGUACAGAUUGUCUUUAUUCCGUCGCUUGUGAAGUUGUAUAGUGACAUUGUUGUUGAUUACGUGUCGCUUUAUGUUCAGCAUGGCAAAUUGAGUCAUGAGCCCUUUGGUCAAUUGUCCUAUUUCUUGUUCAAGUGUAUCAAAUUCCUUGAAAAUUGGGAAUCUCAUGACCAUUAUGAGGUCCAAGAAAGAGCUUUAUCCUGGCUAGAAUUUUUACGUCUCAGCAUGGACGCUAUGGGUGGAAAAAGUAGCCUUGCUUUGAAUAAAGUCAAGGAAGAGGAACUCAACUAUUUCAAUCGCAAAGUAUCCCUCACAAACGAAGAUACAAACAUUGAUGAUGACAGCAAUAAUGCGAAUGAAAGCGAGAGUGAAGACGGUAAUAGCUCAUCAGAGGAAGACUCCUCAGAAGAGGAUAGAUCAAGUAUUGAUGCCUCGAUGAAGCAAGACUUGGUGAAGACCCGAUUGAAUGAUUCAACUGAUAUCCCUUCCGACAUACCGGACGACAAUGAACUACCACAUCUCCUUACUUCAAUCUUGCCGUCGUUCUUCAAGUCGUAUGCGCUUAAUCCUGUUGCUGCUUCUGCUCAAAAGAUGAUUCCAUUGCCCGCUGAUAUUGACCUCGACGCUCCGAUAAAUACGCCACCCGAAUAUUGUUUGAGAGAAGACGAUCCGAUUGUUUUCAGGGAUUCCGAUGAGUCUGACGAAGAAGGGCUUCCUCAAGAAAAAGACAUUCAAAAAGUUGAUGAGGAGAUUUCGCGUGAGCGUCUUGAACGAAUGAAAGACGAUCCAUUCUACAUAACACCAAGCGACAAGAAGAAGCGUAACAAGCAGAGACCUCAGCUAUUAUCAACGCCAUCUGAAAACACAGAAUCUGGAACGCCUAGUGAAAAGAACUCUCUUGUUUCAUUAGAGGAACUCGGUCGGAAAGAAUCAAAAAAGGGCAAAAAGAUUAAAAAACAUAAGGUGACCAUUCUUAGUGAAGAAGGCUUUGGGGAUAGCAUCGAGAGUCCUGCGCCUGAGGCUGCUCCAGCUGAAACUGGCAAAAAGAAAAAGCCAAACAAAUUUUUGAUCAAUUCAUCCAAUCUUGACAACUUUGAUAUAAACUCUUCACCCGCGGAAGUUUCUGACUCCAAGAAGGCAGAGGAAUACGACAUCGACUUGGAAGCUUUAAGAAAGCAACUCGAGGAAAAGGAGAAAAAAAUUCAGAGGAAAGAAGCAAAGAAAGCGAAGAAGAAGAAAGAGACCAAGUCAAAGGAGAAAAAGGAAAAGCCUAAAGAGCUGAAGGAAUCUGUAAAUAUUGUCGAUCUGAAGCUUGGUAAGCCGGCUCCUGUUCUUCCACCUGAAGAACAGCGUGAUGCAGAGAAAAAGAGUGAAACCCCUGAGGUAAGCACAGACAGCCAGGUGGUUGCAGUGAGCCUGAAGCCAAAAACGAAGAAAAAAAAGAAAGCGGUCAUUUUGGAUUAA